AUGGGAGGACUCGCUUAAAAAGUUAAAAAUUUAUUUGUAAAACAAGAAGAACUACUACCAAUAUAAGAUGAUAACAAUUGCCAUUCUUAAAUCUAAAAUUAAUAAUAUGAAUUUGAUAAAAAUAGUUCUGGGAACUUUAAUUAAAUGGAAUCGUAAAAUCAAAAUUUAAAUGAUGGAAAUUUAUAAUCGAUAUAGAACAUGUUAAAAGUAUUAGAUAAACAUAGAAGUUGCCCUGUAAGAAUGCUUACAAUGAUGCAAGGGAGAUAAUAUGAUACUUAAUUAUAUCAAAAUGAAUAAAAUAAGAUUGGAGAAAUAAUCACAAAACUCAAUUGA